GUCCGGACAACAGCAAGCAACACACGGUCCAGGGAGACUGAACACAAUUGAGGAGAAGGAGAACACCUUUUUUCCAUUCUGAUACAAGGACACGUAUGAAGGUUUCAUGUAGACUCACUGUGAACUGGGAUUAAGAAACAUUUAUUUUCGUUUGGAGUUAUAACUUUCAGGAAAGACAGGAAGAUGUUGCUAAAUAUAAAACACAUAUUGUGGUUGAUCUGCAUAUACCAAACAACGACUGAACCUGUCUCUAGCACGAUAUUGGUGAUGCGUCCUGUCAGCGGCUUGUUGUCUGGGAAAGUGACCCUUCCAUGUUACUUCUCCAUCAUCCCCACUGUUGGACCUAGAAACAGAAAUGCCUCAGGAACAGAUUACCUACGCAUCAAAUGGACCAAAAUUGAGGGUGGUGUUGAGUCGACUGUUCUUGUAACUCAAAAUGGCGUCAUUAGGAUUGGUUCGGGAUACAGAAGCCGUGUAUCUGUGCAGAGUCACCCGGAAGACAUUGGGGAUGCUUCUCUGACUUUGGUGAAGCUCCGGGCCAGUGAUGCUGGAACAUACCACUGUGAAGUGAUGUUUGGGAUUGAAGACACACAAGACACAGUCAGUUUGAAUGUUGAGGGCGUGGUGUUUCACUACAGGUCAAAGGUCAGCAGAUACAUUCUGAACUAUGCACAAGCUGUGCAGACCUGCAGCAACAUUGGAGCCACCAUUGCUACAGCAGAACAGCUGAGAGCUGCACAUGAGGACGGGUUUGAUCAGUGUGAUGCUGGUUGGAUAGCAGAUCAAACAGUGAGAUAUCCAAUCACUAGACCAAGGCCCGGCUGCUUUGGAAAUCUGCCUGGAAAACCUGGUGUCAGGUCGUAUGGCAAACGAAAGCCCACCGAGACCUUCGACGUGUACUGCUAUGUGGAUAAGAUUGAGGGUAAUGUUUUCUUUGCGCCCACUCCACGUAAGAUGAUCUUUGAUGAGGCCAAGGCUGAGUGUAAAAGCAUGAAUGCAGAGCUGGCCUCACCUGGUCAACUCCACGCUGCCUGGAGACAGGGUCUGGACCGCUGUGAUUAUGGAUGGCUGUCUGAUGGCAGCGCUCGCCAUCCUGUCUCCGUACCCAGAAGUCAGUGCGGUGGUGGUCUGCUGGGUGUCCGCAACAUGUACCGCUACCAAAACCAAACAGGCUUCCCAGAUCCCAAUAUGAGGCUAGGAGCGUACUGUUUCAAAGGUUCUAAGCUUUUAUUCAACCAGUCCUCUUGGGUGGAUGUCACAAUUCAGAGUGGUACCACAAUGGAGCCCACCACUGCAUUCUUCAGCACAGAGACCACCACAGGCCAGACUCUCUCUCCUGAGGCAAGUCCCUCUCAUGGGUCACAGGCCACCUCUGAUGAAGUCCUUUCUCCAACAGAUGCCCCUUCUAUGUUUUCUACAAGCAUGGCACCACCAAAGACAAGCCAAGUCCCUGACAGACUAGAAUCUGUCAUCACACCUUUUGCGGAAUCUGACGAAAGCGUUCCAACAACAAAACUUACAGAUUUUGAUAUUAGUGAUUUUGGCACUGAGAAGGCUGGUGAUGAAGCAAACAUUCGUGGAGAUGUGAUCCGUGGAGAACUUAGUACUGCAGUUCCCACAGCCUCAGUGGAAGCAAUGGAGGAGACAGAGGACAUGAGCAUCAUUGAAGUGAAGACUGUUCUACCUGACAUUUUACUCUCAGAUUCUCUGAGCACAAAACCGAUGUUUGCAGUCGAGAAAACAGAGGAAUCUAUUGUGGUUGGGGUUACAACAGACAACAUUUUAGAAUCAGAGGCCACUGUACUGACAUUAGUUAACACAGAUGUAUCUGGAAACAAAACUGAAUCGUUCUCACUUAGCGAGUCAAUACCAAAAUUUCCAGCACAGAUUCUGACUCACACAGCUAGUGAGACCAGUGCUGGUAAAGGCGAGGAUGAAUUACACACUUCCACAAAGUCAUCUUUUACAUUGGCAACAGAGGCUACUUUUCUUGAGAGUGCUAAGUCUACUGUAUUCUCUGAGUAUGAAGAUGAGGCUAGUGUUGGUGUUGUUAUGGCGGACCCCCCACCUCUGUCUACACAGAGAUCCACCAGCCCAGAACCUGAACAUUCAGAGACCUCUAGUGGAGUUACCAUCGCUGAUUCUGCAGUUACAAACAGUUUUUUUAUGCAAAGCUUAAUAACUGAAGAAUCUUCAGGAACCUCCAAAUCAACACAAAAUGCAUCUCAGACAUUCGUCAGCUAUUCAGAAAGCAAAACUGCUCAACUGACUGACCGUGUUACGAAGUCACCAGGCUUGACUUCACCUAGUUCAGCCACAGUUGCAGCAGGAGCAUUGAUGAUGACACCGUCACUUACUGACCAUGAAACAUUACAUGAAGAAGCUACUUCAGGCCCUUCAGAGGUCCCCAGGGAGACAUUAACAGAGGCCACGCACACCACCACUGAUUCUGAUCACUCAUCAGUUAACCAAAAUCUGAUGCCUUUUGGAGAGUCACAUUUUGACACUCCCCAGUUGGUAGUCAUCCCUGAGAUACUUGAUUAUCUUCUUCCUGUUGAUGGGGAGAAUGUUGUAGCAAGUGGAGAUACCAUGACCCCAACAGUCAGCUUCAUAAAUGGCAAGUUUGAGAUGACACUUCAGCCUAAAGAUGUGGCAGAAGAAGUUAGAGGAGAUAGGUUUGGAAGUGAUUCUCUUGGAGUACGCAACUUCAGUGAACAAGAAGAAGUAACAUUUAAUUUUGAUAGUUCAUUAGUGGAGGCUGGCAGAACACCACAUGAAUCACUGGUUUCAGGAUCCUCAGUAGUGUCCCCCUUUCAUUCCACAACCCUUCAUCCAGACAUUAAUUUUGGCCCAGGAGGAAUAGUUGUAGAGUCCACUCCGCCAUCAUCUCCCAUAGCAAUUAGCGAAGAUGAAACACUUGUAUCUGAAGGAACUGUAUCUUUUUCAGUGCAUAGUACUGGCUCAUUAACAGAGGACAAAGUCAAAGAUACAGCUGUUACAACACAGGUCAUGGGAAUGACAACUCAGAAAGAUGACUCAAUCAAAAGGACAACACACACAGUUGAUUCUGGCCUAGUCCCUACUGCUGCACAUAUGGACCGUUUGGAUAGAGAUGAAUCAGGCUUAAGUAAUCAGACAACUAAAGAAUCUAAUUUGACAUUACCAACUCAAGUACAUAGUACAACAGCAACAAGAAAAAAGGACAUAACAUUUACAUUUACACCAUCAUCAAGUGUGACUGUUAAAAUGCAGAAAGAGGCAACUUCAGAAUCAAUGAGGCCUUCAAAAAAUAAUUUAGAAAUGACAACAGCAAAACAUAAGCUUUCACCAUCACAUUUUUCUUCUGUUUUACCACCUUCAGAGGCUUCAGGAGAUGAGACUUUGUUUAGAACCACAACAAUAAGUUCUGCAUUGUAUACAAUAACUAAAUCAGACCGAGAACUGAGCAAAACCACAAAAAAAAUCUUAGUGUCCGGCUCAACAGAUGCUGAGAUCACAAGAGAUCAGACAACUGAAAGACAUAGUAAUCAACCUGUUUCCACUCUUGACUCUAUUGAAACUAGCACAGGACAUACAUUUAUAUCAUUGAGCACUGGGUCUCUAGUUGCGACUAAAAGCACGGAAAUAAUCUCAGGGUCCAGCUCAGCAGAUGCCGAGGCUACAGGAGAACAGACAAAUGAGGCAUAUAGUAGAGAACAUGUUUCCUCUCUUGAUUCCACUGUAACUAGUACUGUCAGUACAUUUACAUCAUUAAACACUGUGGACUCAACAGGACAAACUGACACAAGUCAAGAUAGAUCACAUACAGAAACAACCACAGCUACUCUGAUGGAGGUCAAAGAUCUGUCAGCAAAACAAUCUGAGUCCACCAUAAUUAAUGUUACAGAUACUCUUUUCUCCUCUGCUCAGACCGGACAUUUAGAUGAAACAUUAUCUGAAAGCAUUGUAACGAGCACAAUGAAUACAAAAAAGACAGCUGCUGAAGAUGUGCUGUCACCGACACAUUUUACAUUAGUUUUGGCAUCUUCUGAACCUGAAGCUUCAGGAGAUGAGACCUCUGACAUAUAUAGCAAGAAGUUCACAACAAGUCCUUCACUGUACAGUGCAACCAAAUCAGAUCUAGAUGACACCAAAACCACAGAGACAAUUUCAGUGUCCAGCUUAACAGAUGCUGAGGCUACAGCAGAAAAAACUGAACACUCAACAUUAAGAACAGUCACAAGCCAAGAUAUUGCAUUUCACAUAGGAACAACCCCAGCCAUGACCAUUGAUGCUACAAAGACUCUGUACUUCUCCACUCAGACUGACCAUUUAGAUGAUAAAUUAUCUGAAAGCAGUGCCACAUUGACCUCAGAGAUGAAAACAGUAAAAGAUAGACUUUCACUUUCAAGUUUUGCAUCAGUUAUGCCACCAACAGAGUCUGAAGCUUCAGGAGACGAGACAUCUGACAUGUUUAGCAAAGAAUUUACAAGAACAAGUUAUUCAUUGUACAGCACAACCAAAUCAGAAAUAGAACUCCGCAAAACCACAGAAACUAUCUCAGGGUCCAGUUCAACAGAUGCUGAUGUCAAAAGUGAUCAGACGACUGAGGGAGAUAGUAGAAAACCCAUUUCUUCUACUGGCUCUACUUCAGCUAGCAUAGUACAUACAUUUGAGUCAUUGAUCACUGGGGAAUCAACAGCACGGACUGACACAACUCAAGAUGUUACUUUAUAUACAGCAGCAACCACAACUACUACACUGGAGGACAAACAUCUGUCAGCAAGACCAUCUGAAUCCACCACCAUUAAUGUUUCAGAGACUGUGUUCUCCUAUGGUCAGACUGGAAAUUUAGAUGACAAAUUAUCUGAAAGCAGUGUUACAAUGAUAUUAGAAGAUGUACCAUUACCAUCCGGGUUUUCUUCAAGUUUGCCAUCUACAGAGUCUGAAGCUUCAGGAGAUGAGACAUCUGAUCCAUUUACAACAACAAAUUCUUCACUUCAUAGUCCAACCACAUCAGACCAUGAACUUACCAAAACAUCUGACAUGACAGAAACAAUCUCAGUGUCCAGCUCAACAGAUGCUGAAGCUACAAGCGAUCAGACAACUCAGACACAUAGUAGAGAAACUGUUUCCUCUCUUGCCUCUUCUGUAACUAGUGCUGAGCAUACAUUUUCAUCAGUGAUUACUGGAGAUUCUACAGGAGAAACAUUUACAAGUAAAGAUGUUACAUCACAUGCAGCAACAACCACAGCUACUUUAAUGGAAGAGAAAGAUCUGUCAGCAAAACCAUCUGAAUCCACAAUCAUUAAUGUUUCAGAGACACUGUUCUCUUCUGCUCAGACUAAACAUUUAGAUGAGAAAUUAUCUGAAAGCACUGUUACUAUAAUCUCAGAGAAGACAACUGCCAAAGAUAUACCGUUAUUAAGUUAUCAAGAUAUACCGUUAUCAAGUAUCUCAGUGUCCAGCUCAACUGCUGUUGAAGCUACAAGAGAUCAGACAACUGAUACACAUAGUAGAGAAACUGUUUCCUCUCUUGCCUCUGCUGUAACUAGUGCUGUAAGUAGAUUUUUAUCCAUGAGCACUGGGGACUCAAAGGGAGAAACAGUUAGAAGUGAAGAUGUUACAUCUCAUUCAGCAACAACUACAGCUACUAUGAUGGAGGAGAAAGAUCUGUCAGCAAAACCAUUUGAAUCCACAAUCAUUAAUUUUUCAGAGACUCUGUUCUAUUCUGCUCAGACUGGACAUUUAGAUGAGAAAUUAUCUGAAAACAAUUUAACAGUGAUCUCGGAGAAGACAACUGCCAAAGAUGUACUGUCAACAAGUUUUUCAUCAAGUUUGCCAUCUACAGAGUCUGAAGCUUCAGGAGAUGAGACAUCUGAUAUGUUAAGCAAAGAGUUCACAACCACAAGUUCUUCACUUUAUACUGAAACCAAAUCAGACCAUGAGCUUACAGAAACAUCAUCUGAUAUGACAGAAACAAUCUCAGUGUCCAGCUCAACAGACCCCGAAGCUACAAGAGGUCAGUCACCUGAUGUGCCUAGUAGAAAACCUGUUUCCUCUCUUUAUUCUACUCUAACUAAUACCAUACAUACAUUUACAUCAUUAGGCACCAGGGAAUCAACAGGACAAACAGUUACAAGUAAUGAUGUUAUAUCACCUAUAGCAACAACCACAGCUACUAUGAUGGAGGACAAACAUAUGUCAGCAAAACCAUCUGAAUUCACAAUCUUAGAGAAGACAACUGCAAAAUAUUUACCAUCAUCAAGUUUUUCUUCAAGUUUGCCAUCUACAGUUUCUGAAGCUUCAGGAGAUGAGACCUCUAAUAUGUUUAGCAAAGAGUUCACAAUGACAACCUCUUCACUUUAUACUCCAUCCAAAUCAGACCAUGAACUUAUCAAAACUUUAUAUGACAUGACAGAAAAAAUUUCAGUGUCGAGCUCAGCUGAUGCUGAAGCUACAAGAAAUCAGGCAACUGAGAAACAUAGUAGAGAACCUGUUUCCUCUCUUGAUCUUGCUGUAACUAGUACUGCACAUACAUUUUCAUCACUGAGCACUGAGGACUCAAAGGGAGAAACAGUUACAAGUGAAGAUGUUACACCACCUAUAGCAACAACCACAGCUACUAUGAUGGAGGACAAAGAUCUGUCAGCAAAACCAUUUGAAUCCACCAUCAUUAAUGUUUCAGAGACUCUGUUCUCCUCUGCCCAGACUGGACAUUUAGAUGAUAAAUUAUCUAAAAGCACUAUUACAGUGAUCUCUGAAAAGACAACUGCCAAGGAUGUCGUUUCACCAUCAAGUUUUUCUUCAAGUUUGCCAUCUACAGAUUCUGAAGCUUCAGGAGAUGCGACCUCUGAUAUGUUUAGGAAAGAAUUCACAAUGUCAAGUUCUUUACUUUAUACUCCAACCCAGUCAGACCAUGAAGUUACCACAUCAUCUUACACAACAGAAACAAUCUCAGUUUUCAACUCAACAGAUGCUAAAGCUACAAGAGAUCUGACAACUGAAACAGAUACAAGAGAACAUAUUUUCUCUCUUGACUCUACUGUAACUAGUGCUACACAUAUAUUUUCAUCAGUGAGCACUGGGGACUCAACAGGAGAUACAGAUACAAGUAAAGAAGUUACAUCACAUAUAGCAACAACCACAGAUAUUCUGGUAGAGGACAAACAUCUGUCAGCAAAACCAUCUGAAUCCACAAUCAUUAAUGUUUCAGAGACUCUGUUCUCCUCUGCUCAGACUGGACAUGUAGACAAGAUGUUAUCUGAAAUCACAGUCACAAUGACCUCAGACCUCAAAGAUAUCAUUUUACAAUUCACAGAGUCUGAAGGUUCAGGAGAUGAGACAUCUGAAAUAUUAAGCAAAGAGAUCACCACCCUUUACCCUUUUUAUGUUUCAAACAAAUCAAUUGAACAACUCACCAAAACACCAUAUAACACAAAAGAAGCAGUCUCAAAGUCUAGUUCAACAGAUGCUGCUCUUACAAGCACAUUGCCAGCAAAGGGGACAACAUCCAAAGAUUUUGUUUCACUGCCAAGUUUUACUUCAGUUUUGCAAUCUUCAGGAUAUGAAGGUUCAGCUAAGCCCUCUCAUAUGUUCACUAAAGAGUUCACAACAACAAGUUCGUCAAGUAAUAUUACAACCAAAUCAAAUGAUGAAAUCAUCAGUACUACAGCACAAAAAAUGAAAACAUCUGAGAAAAUGCAAACAGAACAGUCAGCUCUUGCUUCUGGAGUGCAGCCAUCAGAAAACAUUACAUCAACAAUAAAUGUUACAACAACUGUAAGUGGAGAACCAAUACCAAGUUCAUUUUUUACACACACAGAGGUAGAAGGCUCUGGUCAGCAGACACCAGAGAGGUUCACAACGGCUCCCUCAUCUAUGAUCAGAACAGUCACACGUCAGGAGGUCAUGACACCUCAAAAAGAGUUUGCCUCUUCAAUGACUGAAUUUAAAGAAGAACCUAGCACCCACCGUACAACAGAAGAAGUUAGCUCAGGUUACACAACAACAGAGCCUGUUAGUACUAGACUUUCUCAUACUAUAACUGAACACACCACAGAAUCAAUUAUUACUCAUACUGCAAUUGGAUCAGGUAAACCUAGUCUCACUUUAGAGGCAAAAGAAGAUGACCAGACCACACCUUCAGUUAUCCAAACAACGACAGUCACUGCCAGUUACGAAGCAACUUCAGCUCUUCUCAGGACAAAAACAAUGUUUACAUCUUCUAGCAAAAGCCAUAGCAUUCACACAACAAUUUCAUCUGAUGAAGAGGAUGACACAACAUAUUAUGAAGGAUCAGGGGUGUCCCCUGUUAUGCACAUUUCAUCAGCAGCCAUCAAAACUCAAACUGGUUCUCCAACAGUUCUUAUGACUAGCACUGGCUUCACAGAAAUAGACAAAGACAUCACUAUAACACAAAAGUCGAGUCCUAUCACAUCUGCCUUUGUAAACAGAGAAGGCUCUGGUAUUGUAGAAGAUGACAAAGAAACUACUCAAUUAGAAGGUUCUGGUGAAGAGGACAGAGUGAGUCCAACAGAGGAAAUGUCUGACAAUUAUACUGAUGAGGCAGAAAUCAGUGAGCCUAACCGCACAUCAGAGCCAGGGAGUUUUGUAAGUUCCUCCCAUUCCACAUCCUUCACAACUAAACCCACAUUGCUGUCUAGCACUGUCCGGACAGCAGUAAGAUUGUUAUCUACCGAAGGUAGUGAAAUAACAGCUGAAAGUGAAGUGGAUGAAGAUGAUGGCUCUAGUGGUGAAAUAUCAACAGCAACUCUUGAGUCAAUUCCUCCACAAGAUAUACCCUCUGAGGACAAAACAACUUCAACUACCAUCACACAACCACAGAUAACUGAAGCUGCAACAUCUGCUGUAAUAAUGUCAAGAAAAUAUGAGGCUUUAUCAGGUUCUGAGACACAAAAGAGUAUGUUACAGCCAAACACUCCAGAAACCGACUUAAAUGGGUUCAAAUUAUCAACCACAGAGGAUGACAAGGAAUUUACCUCACCUGGAGAUCCUACUGCUGAGAUAUACAAAACACCAACAACUAAGGCAUAUGAGGACCUAACUGUAAGAACUGAUGAGGCAGAAGUUGAAGAGACGGAAAAGAAAACAGGUUUCUCAAGUGCUGCAUCUGUCACUAGCAGUACAGUUUUCAUACAUCAGUCAACUUUAUCCCCAUCUUCCUCAUUCCUGACCUCUACCCAGUCAACUGUAAUGCUUGCAACUUCACUUUCAGAGGAUGGCAGUGGGGAAGACUCAUCUGAGGGGGAUGGAGCAGAAGAUGAUGGAUCAGGUGAUGAAUCAACUCUUGGGACAUCUUCACCUUUGCUAUCAAGCUCAAAGAUGACAGAAACAACAAUUAGCAUGACACCCUUUAGCUCAGUCAACAGUGGACAGUACAGUACAGUCAGAAUUGUUUCACAGGAACACACAUUCUCAAGCACAAAUGCUGAAGGUUUCACUCUGGUCUCAGUGACAGGACAGACAGAGCAGGAACAUUCUGGUGUUUUUGUCUCAGAUAUAGCAGCACCUAGCUCUACAACUCCUGGAACACCAUCUGGUAUGAUAACAGGCCACACUAAAUUGCCUUUUUUCAUGACACCUCAAGAUCCUGUGUCCACCACUACUCCAUUGGUCUUGUCUAAGGACAGUGGUGAUCAGCAAGUCACUCCAACAAGUCCAGUCUUACUAUUCACAGAGGAGGAGGAAGAUGAAGAUAAGCUACUUUCAGCUGUUACAGGGAGUAUAAGAGAUGAUAGCAUCAAACGAGAAGAUUUCACUAAGGAUGACAUAAUUAUUGAUGCAGAUACUUUGUCUGUUUUAGAGCAGUCUUCUCCCUUCGCCCCUACAAUUGUUACAGAAGAAGCAGCUGGAGUAACCCCAAUUGUCAUGACGGCACAACCCUCAAGCUUUAUGACAGAGGAGCCAGAAGGAUCUGGAAUGGAUGGCACUGAGUUACCUCAUUUACGUGUGUCAUUUGGAACCACAACAGACAGGUUACUAGUUCUGCAAACCCUACAAACCCAAUCAACUACAGACAACCUGCUGAGCAGUCCAAAAUAUUUAGAAGAGGGCAUGCAAGCAACACAAUCUCAUGAGGCUACUGAUGCUUAUGUACCUGAACACACACAAGAUGGUCAGACAGAAUCCACAGAAUUUACAAUGAGACACUCAGGAGACACGUUGUCUACGGAUGAUUGUAUUCUGGAAACAUCCACUUUAACCCCCAUGACAUCUCAAGGGUCCACAGAAAGAGUCAUAGAAAUGUUUUCAGCUGAAGAGCACUCAUCUGAAUAUGUAUCAACACAUACUGGAGAUGAUGUAACAUCUGCCCCAUCAAGUUCUGGAGAAAGUGUUUCUUUACAACAUACAGGUGAUAUCACAAUCUCUGAACAGACAGUUUCUCCAGUAUUGGAUGUAACGAGUGCUGCAUCUUUCCAUACUGCAUCAAGUGCUAGCAUGACUGAACCUGCCAAAACGACUACAAGUGCACACACAAAAACUGCAGCAACUGAUGAUAAUGACUUAACAGCUGACACAGAGGAAACAUUGUACAUGACAAGUGCUGAUAACAUUAAACUCAGUAGUCCCUCUACUGAUAAGGUAAUUCAGGGAAGUGAUUUAACAAGCACAGAUGUAUCAACUAGAUCUGGUAUUUCAGAGGAAACCACAAGUGCAUUAUUUUCUUCAACAGAUUAUGGCUCAGGUGAUCAAACACUUGAAAUGGGUACAGGACUGUCUCAUUUAACAGACCCUCCUUUAGUAUCUAAAUAUGAUUUGUCAUCAUCAUCUACAAAGAGUGAUAUUGUGAUUCACUUUGCAACAACCUCUUUGCCUGAAUCAAUUACAGUAAAUGAUGGGGAACCAUAUCACAAAGCUUUGUCUGAGAUGACAGUGACACAUAAGCCCGACACAGACAACACAGAAGAUGUGACAUCUCCAUCAACAACCAUUCCCACAAAUCUUAUAUCUGCAUUAAAGUUUAAUAUGACUACAGACACAGUAACAUUAGUGGGAUCUCCUUCAUCUACAUCCAUACCAGGAAUGGGUGACAAAACAGGAGCUCCACUUUCUUCUGCGAAAGAGACAGAUGAAAUAAUCGAUUAUGAUACAAAAACCGAACCUUACAUAACAGUAUAUUCCAUACCAGAUUUAAUAAACACAACAAACUUUGACAGUGUGACUGACUUAGACGUUAGCUCAGAAGAAGUGACUAGCAUUGAUGACAUCACCCAACCUGAAGGUGCAGAGAGUUUCCCCACUUCACAGCCUGAUGUUAAGACUACUUUUGAGACCACCUCACAGCCUGAUGUUGAGACUAGUUUUGAGACUACAUCACAGCCUGAUGUUGAGACUAGCUUUGAAACCCCCUCAGAAUCAAAAAUGGAAACUGGCAUUGAGGACAGUGCAACACGUGUUGAUGGAAAAAUGCAAGAAGAAGUUUUGAAUACUGAGACCACCUCUCAGCUUGAUACUGAAAUAAGCUUUGAGACUACCAUGCAACCAGACAUUGAGAGUGAAACUACUUUUGAGCGUGUCUCAAGAACUGAGAGUGAUGCUUCAGUCACCAGCUCACCAAACAGUGGAACAAGUAGUUCAGAGAGAAGCACAUCUGGGGAGGUAAACACCAUAUCAUCCAAUAUGUAUCACACCACAACAAGACUUUCUGAUGUCACAGAUAAUCCAAGUUCCGCUGCUAUAAGUGAAGAGAGAUUCUUGGAAAAAAGAGUUGACACAGGAUUCAGCACCACCAUAGAACCUCAAUUUGAUGGAUCCGUAACUUCCAGUAGCUGGAAGGGCAGCUCAGAUGAGGAUUCAGUUAUUAUUCCAUCAUCUGAUGAGGUUCAGGCAGUAAUUCUGUCUACUGCAACAACCUCAGCUUUACUUAUGACACCUGAUUCUGAUAUAAAGAUUGUUAGCAAGGAAACUACCUCAAGGAAACAAGAGGCAACUGGUCAGAUUGAGGAAGCUGUAACUCUUAAUACUGAGAUUCCAAUUCAAAAUGAAGAUCAGAUGACAUCGUUAGUACCUACCACCCAGAGGGAGAUUACUACACCAUUUUCCUCCAUUGAAGAUGUUUCUGAGGCCGCUUUGGUUAGAAGCCCACCUCCAAGUGCACAGAUUGAAAGCAUAACACAUAGUACAGCAGACCUUCCAUACACAAUGAUCGGGCAGACAAUUGAUAUUCCAGAUGUUCACUCCUGUUCUGCUGAUGCUUGCUUAAAUGGCGGUUCUUGUAUAAAAAUAGGCGGUGCUCAGAUCUGCAGCUGUCCACCUGGAUACAGUGGUGACCAGUGUGAAAUAGACACUGAUGAAUGUCACACAAACCCUUGUCGUAAUGGAGGAACAUGUAUUGAUGGCCUUAACUCAUUCACCUGUGUAUGUCUUCCAAGUUAUGCAGGAGCACUGUGUGAACAAGACACUGAAACAUGCAGCUAUGGCUGGCACAAGUUCCAGGGUCAUUGUUACAAAUUCUUUCCUCAUCGGCGUAACUGGGACACAGCAGAGCGUGAAUGUCGUCUCCAGGGGGCACACCUUGCUAGUGUCCUGUCCCAUGAGGAGCAGCAGUACAUCAACCGCCUUGGCCAUGACUACCAGUGGAUCGGCCUGAAUGAUAAGAUGUUUGAGAAUGAUUUCCGGUGGACGGAUGGUAGUGUUGUGCAAUAUGAAAAUUGGAGACCGAACCAGCCAGACAGUUUCUUUUCCUCAGGGGAGGAUUGUGUGGUUAUUAUCUGGCAUGAGGAUGGCCAGUGGAAUGAUGUUCCCUGCAACUACCACCUCACCUUCACUUGCAAGAAAGGCACAGUGUCCUGCAGUCAGCCUCCUAUUGUCCUUAACGCCCGCACAUUUGGCCAGCUGCGCCCACGCUAUGAGAUCAACUCCCUGAUCAGGUACCAGUGCAUGGACGGCUUCAUCCAGAGACAUGUUCCCACCAUUCACUGCAGAGGAGACGGCUCAUGGGAUCUGCCCAGGAUUUCCUGCAUGAGUCCCUCCAACUUCCAAAGGUCCUAUGCAAGGUAUGAGACAUACAGAGUUUUUCGCAGUCAUCAGAAGAGAUUGGCAGAAAAUUCUGUUGAUGUACCCCGACGACACCAUCACCAUGGUGUAAAACCCAAUCGGAUACAACAAUAGUUGCUGUUUUAACACGAGCCUUUUAAUGUAUUUUGAUAGCAUAUGACGGAUCUGCCUGCUGGCUGAAAGAAAAGAUUUAAAAAAAAAAUUAUUAAAAGGACCAGAAAAGAGUGGAAUAUCACUGGAAUGAAAGAGUGGCUUUUUAUCUUUUUAAGAAAGAUGGUUUUUAAGAACUACAUAAAGGACACAUUCAGCUGGCCUCUGAAAACACAAAAGAGUUAUCUGACCUGCCCUCCAUCUGUUCUGCUUCUUUUUGGGAAUACACAGUGCUUUCAUAAAUUUUAACUCACAAUCCAGAUGUAAGUGAGCUAUUUUAAUGCAACCUAUUUUAGCUUCUAAACAUAAUGGUACAUUUUGAUACACACUUUGCCAUAUGAUUCUUUCAAUCUUUCUUCAAAUUUACAAGAACCACAGGUGUAUGCAGACAUCUUGCUGUUUACUGAAUAAAUGAGAAAUCGUACAAAAGAAUGUGAAGAAAAUAUAUAUUUAUAUAGAAAGUGUGAGCAAUGGCUCACAUGGAGUCAGUGUUUGUUGUGGUACAAAAAGGCCAAUAAUAUCAUUAAAAAACUCCAUCCAAUGCAGUGGAUGGUUUUGAUAUCUUAAAGUCAACACAAUGUGUUUUAAUACUUUUAAUGCAUUGACUUUAAGCUAUUUACUAUUGAAAAGCCAUUUAGAUUUGAGAUUAUUUAUAUUACUCUCUUUGAUGUUUCCUUCAAGUGUUUACAAUGCAAAUCUGUUUCACAUACAUUUAAUUCCGCCGUCAGUUAUCUAUAAACCAAAAUUAACUUACUUCACAUCAUUUUCAUCAACAUUUUCAUUAUCUUUUUCUCAGACAGUUUAAAACUACUUUAAAGAGAAUGUACUUUGUGAGAUGCCUAAAAGACUUGAGUGAGUGCCUUUUAAACAAGAUGCCUAUAAUUUAUUUCUUGCGCAGCUCCUUGUUUUUUUAUUGUUGUAGUGAGAUAGAACACACUGAGGACUUCACUUGGCCAAACUGUACAUUGAUGGAGUUCAGUAUAUUAGUUUAAGAGCACAGUGUAUCAAUAGCUGGCAGUGAUGUGACUAAUAGAUGACAUUAGGAACUCAGAAUUUAGAUGGAUUUCAUUAAGACAUUUGGGGUGUAUCAAUGGACCAAAAGAAGAGGAUUCAUAUAGUAAUAGGAAAGUUUGUUGAACUGGUCAUCCUUUUGUUUAUUCCCAAGAAUUCUUUCUUUAAGAUCUUUUCUUUUGUGUGUUUACUUCUUGUGUCUGUUUUUAUUUUUUUCCCUCUCAAAAGUGCACACACCUUUUUAUAUUUAUAGUAUAACUUGUUUAUUGUCAAAUGUGAUUGUUUGUAAUGUUUGUGAAAUGGAAAACAAAUUUGUAAGGAAUGUUUUUAUGCCUUCUGUGUAAACAAAGUUUAUUAUAUUCUA